AUGGCGGGCAGGUACGACAACGUACAGCUACAAAACGUUUGCCGACUCUGCCUAACGGAUGCGUCCGAAGCCGGAGAUAUGCUGCCCAUCUUUCCGGUGCGUGGGGGCAAUCCUAACAGUCCGUCCUCCAUAGUCAAUCGGAUUCUUCAGUGUACGUCUUUAAAGCUCGAACCAACGGAAGGAGUCCCAGCGACGAUAUGUGAGCUGUGCAGCGUCCGGCUGGAGGAUUGGCACGCCUUUCGCGAGCAGUGUCUCGGUACGGAUGAGUAUCUCCGCGUCACGUUGAGACACGCAUUUUUCCCGCACGAAACACAAGAACCGUCCCCACCAGCAGCAGCACCGGUUUCGAACGAUGACAUCCUUCGAUCGACUUCUGAACCGUCGAUUAGAGGCAAGUUUUCGUCCAACUCUGCACCCUCAUCACCACCGGUUCCAAUGGCGGCGACACCGACGACGGGAAUGUCACGGUUAAGCCUUGCCAAACGCCGUCAGAGCACGUUCGAGUGGCCAGUUGCAGAUCGCACGGGUAACCUCACGGGGCAGAAGGUUAUCGUCGAGGUGCUGGGAGAGUGUAAAACACCGGAACGGGAUGGUAGACAGGAACAAUCCUUUACCACCGGUGGGAUGAUACCGGUGUCGGACACGAUCCAGCUGGAGCAAGCGAGCUGGUCGAAGGAGUACUGCGCGCGCGUAAACAGCCUCAUGUUGCUGGUGAGCGGACCGAGACCGUUUAAAUGCAAGCUCUGCCGGAGGUUGUUCAAAAACCGCACGAACCUGCGCCGCCACAUCAAGACGUCUCACGGUGACGAGAUUGUCGAGGGUGAAAGCCCACCACCGGAAUGCUACGAUUAUGGGCACAUCGAUCGUAUGGCGGGAUCGGUGCUGCAUCAGCAACACCCACAGCAGCAGCAGCAGCAACGGUCGGAGAUGGUUAGUUACAUGCCACCGAAAAAGAAGCGCAAAAGCACCGACCCACCGAUUGUCGGUCCGUUCAAGUGUGAGGUGUGCCCGAGAAGCUUCAAGAUGCCGGCUCACCUGGCGGUGCACCGUAAAACGCACCGGCAGAUGGUGUUCGACCAACCGCAGCUGGUGAAGGCGAUGGAACAGGAGCAGCAGCGCUUGGCAUCGGAAAAGCAGCGUGCUUCCGUCGCGAUCGCGCCGCAUCAGCCGCAGAUCGAAACGGUGCGUCCGGCAUCCAACAUCGACACCAGUGACGUUAUUCAGCUGUCGGAUGAUGAAGAGGACGAACCGAAGCUGCGACUCGGCGUGGGUGGUAACAGCGAAGAUCGCGACGAUGGGUUCAACGAGGACGAGGGCAGCUUCCGGGAAGGUGACGUGAUGCCACAGAUCGAGCUACGACCGGAUCCGUCCGCGCUCGCAAUCGUUGAGAUCGGUGCGGAAGAUGACGAAGGCGCUCGAACGGUGGGGCACGAUGAGGACGUCGUCGUGAUAGCGGAUGCGAAGGAAAGCCUGAUGAUGGGUGGCGGUGGUUCUUCACCGAAACCGGCUCCAUCGGUGGUUGGGCGCGUGGGUUCACUUCCUCCUGGGCCACUCUCGUCGAAGCUAAGAUACACCGCACAAACGGCUGAAAGCAACGGCAAUAGCAAGCAACCUCCUGGUGCGGUUCGUGCAAAACAUCCGGUUGUUGCUGUGAAACAAAAAGCUGCACCACUUCACCAGCCACAGACUCCGACAGUGCAGCAAACUGGCGGGUUGCCAUUGAACGGAUCACAUCGGUGCCAUUUCUGUCGCCAGACGUUCCCGCGGGAGGAUCUGCUGCGUGAGCAUCAGAAAACGCACCAGCGUGAUACACCGUGCCCGUUCCGGUGUGGCUGGUGCCGGAAAGGGUUCCGCUAUCAGCAGAACUACACGCUGCACUUGGAGAAGCAAACGUGCCGCACACUGAACGCGGAUCCGGUGCGUGGUGUUGCGCAAUCGCAGACGAGCUCGUUGAUGGCGGAAAAGUGCAUCUAG